AUGGCUACUUCACGUCUAGCAAGAUUUGUAUCAGAGGUUGCUCCGCCUCAAUUCGUGACGGUGAUGAGGAGGCAUAGAGCAGCGAAACAGAAGCUAGACACCAUCAAAGAAGAAGAGAACAAAGAAGAUUAUUUCGGAGGUGGGAUGAUGAUGAUGUCUAAUAAGAUAACAUCAUCUCAGCAUCAUCAUGCUUAUUCCUCUUCUUCUACUUCAGUUUCUAAUUCUGGAUCUACCUCUAAGAGUUUUCUCGUUGAGGUUCGAAGCUCCUUUUCUGUCUUCGAAAACUAA